AUGGUGGAAAAGAAGGCUAAAACCUGGAGGAUGUGCGUGGACUACCGGGACCUCAAUGCGGCCUGUCCGAAGGAUUGUUACCCAUUGCCACAGAUCGAUCAACUAGUGGAUGCUACAUCAGGAUGUGAACUUUUGUCAAUGAUGGAUGCCUACCAAGGGUACCAUCAAGUUAAGAUGUAUAGGAAUGAUGUUAUCAAAACGGCAUUCGCAGUCUGCGCAGGGAUCUUCGCAUAUGUGAGUAUGCCGUUCGGACUCAAAAACGCGGGGGCUACAUACCAGAGGAUGAUGGACAGAAUUUUCAAGGAUCAAUUAAAAGAGAAUGUGUCGGUUUAUGUAGACGACAUGUUAGUACGCAGCGCUGAAGCACGUACACAUGCGAAUGACUUGGAGGAAAUCUUCUCGGUUGUGCAAAGACACAAGCUCAUGCUCAAUCCAGCCAAAUGCACUUUCGGGGUUCAAUCGGGAAAAUUUUUGGGAUACAAGGUUACACCUGAGGGGAUAGAGGUGAAUGCAGACAAAGUUCGAGCUAUUCUUGACAUGACAGAUCUGCGGAACAUCAAAGAAAUACAAACACUGAACGGAAGAAUAACCGCACUAAGCCGGUUCAUAUCAAGGUCGGCAGAAAGAAGUCUGCCUUUUUUCAAAAUUCUAAGAAAAAGAAGUCGGUUCGAGUGGAGUAACGAGUGCCAGCAAGCCUUUGAGGACCUCAAGGACUAUCUCAAAGAUCUACCCAUCUUGACCAAGCCGGUACCGGGAGAACCAUUAUAUCUAUACACUUCGGUGGGGGUAGAGUCGCUGAGCGCUGUGCUAGUUCGAGAGGAAAGGGGUAUGCAGAGGCCAGUUUACUUUGUGAGCAAAAUCAACCAGGGAGCAGAGAUUAGAUACACCGCAGCGGAAAAAACAGCUUACGCUAUUAUGAUCACGGCAAGAAAAUUGCGCCCCUACUUUUCAUCACAUAAAAUUAUUGUCAGAACAGCGCUGCCCUUUCAGAAAAUUUUGGGAAGGCCAGACCUUGCAGGAAGAAUGGUAAAGUGGGCCAUUGAAUUGGGCGAAUAUGAUGUGACGUUCGAACCUCGUACAACCAUUAAAGCGCAGGCAUUGGCUGAUUUCAUCCAAGAAACCACAAGGUGGCCGUUGCAGGGACCAUGGAUGGCGCAGGUCGACGGCUCUGUUACCAAGGAAGGGUGUGGAGUCGGAAUAUAUAUCGAAUCACUGGAAGAUGGGGCUUACCAGUUUGCGAUCAAGUUCAAGGACAAGCUGUCGAAUAAUGAGACAGAAUAUGAGGCAGUAAUAAGGGCCGCCCACAUCUUGAGGGAGCUUAGAGCAGACACAGCUAUAAUCAAGACCGAUUCACAACUAGUAGCCCAGCAGUUGAGGGGUGAAUGCGAGGUCCGCGACGACAGAAUGAGAGCUUAUUAUGAACAGAUGCAGCAAAUCAAGAAAAAAUUUGAAGAAUUGGAAAUAGUACAAGUACCCCGAGAGGAAAAUCGAAAAGCUGAUCUUCUGGCGAGGAUGGCCAGUGCCGUCGAGCAAUCAUGGAACAAUGAAGUCACACUACUGUUUGAGCCAAAGAAGAGUUCAGAAGCCCAGGUCUGCGCAGUCGAAGUUGGGAACGAUUGGCGAACCCCAAUUAUUCAUUUUUUACGAACAGGGGAAAGAAUGGAGGGAGACACUGCAAAGUACGCUAAAUAUGAGAAUUUUUGCUUGAUUAGCAACCAGCUUUAUAAAAGAUCUUUUACACAUCCGUUCCUCAAAUGUUUAUCAUCGGAAGAGGCAGAGUUUGCUCUAAGAGAAAUCCAUCAGGGUUGUUGCGGGAACCACGCGGGAUAUAAAGACCUGACCAGAAAAAUAAUCAGAGCGGGAUUCUAUUGGCCCGACAUCGACAAAGACACCAAGGUAUAUGUAAAGAAAUGUGGAUCUUGCCAGAGACACGCGCCAAGAAUCAACAUCCCAGGGGAGGAAAUGGGGAUAAUGUACUCGGCACAUCCCUUUGACAAAUGGGGAAUUGAUAUCGUAGGCAAACUGCCAACGACACCAGGAGAAAAGUGUUUCUUGAUAGUGGCAGUGGACUAUUUUUCGAAAUGGGUGGAAGCAGAGGCUGUAACAAGGGUGGAUGAGGCCACCAUCGAAAAGUUCAUCUGGAAAAACAUCUGUUGUAGAUAUGGGGUGCCCAGAGUUCUAAUAUCAGACAACGGAGCCCAGUUCACUAGCCAAAAAAUCAAAGAUUUUUGUUCAAGAAUGGACAUCGAGCAAAGAUUCGUCUCAGUGGCUCACCCCCAAGCCAAUGGUCAAGUAGAGCUGGCUAAUCGCACUAUCUGCGAAGGCAUCAAAAAGAUAUUAGAAAGAAGCAGAGGACGAUGGGCAGAAGAAUUGGACACGGUUCUGUGGGCACUGCGCACCAGCCCAAAAAUAGCUACAGGAGAAGCCCCGUUCACCUUGGUUUAUGGUUCAAACGCGGUCAUACCAGCAGAAGUAAGGUUAGAGUCACAUCGAAUUUGUACAUAUGAUCCAGUGCAGAAUGAAGAACUGCGCAGACUCGAGCUGGACCUCAUAGACUUAAAGAGAGAAGAAGCCCGCCGACUCCAGAAAGGCGACCUAGUACUCAAGCGCGCGGAUGCUCUAAAGGCCACCGGGAAAUUCGAAGCUAAUUGGGAGGGACCUUAUAUUAUCACUGAAGUCUUAAGAGGCGGAGCCUAUCACUUGUCCGAUCAGGAGGGGAGAUCUCUUACGAGGCCGUGGAAUAUCAAUCAUCUCAAGAAAUUCUAUGUAUAA